AAUCUUCAUUCUUCUACCUCUAUUCCUGUAACGCCUCAACUCCACCGCCGUCCCGCCGUGAGCUCUUGACUCCGCCCCUUUAUUCGCAAAUCGUCAACGCUCAACGCCAUUACGCCAGUCGACAGAGUCAACUGCCAUUGUCUCUUCAAUCUGCCCGUCUCUGUCUCUUCAACGCCAGUAGACGCCAGAGCCCAUCUCAAGGAGCGGAGGUUCGGAUUUUCAACAGUAUCCAUUUGCGCCGCACAUUAGUCAGCAACAGUCCAUUCUCAACGGCAAAAAAGGAGUUGUUUUCAGUGCUUGUAUUUUCGAAUUUGUCAGCGACCGGACAACGAACAGGCUGGGAAUCUAGUUAGUGGAUAUUUGGGAUUCAGCAUUCGAUGAAUUGAGGGAAGACCAAAACUCCAAAGAGAGAGUUAUAGAGACUAAACAAGUAUAGGGCCUUUUGUUAUUACUUGCCUCGGGCCUAUAAAACGAUAGGACCGGUCUUGAUUGACGCUCAAUUGCCGACUCUGCUCGCUGCACUUCCCGUUGCCGACGUCUGGUUGCUGCACUACCUGGCUGCCAGCUACUCUGAGUGUUAGAACAUCCUGAAUUUGGAAAGCUUGAGUCUUUUCUCUGUGAAAAAUAUAAUGGCACCUCCGAGAUGGAAAGGAAAGGGAGCAGCUAAAGCACUUGCAGACCCCAUGUCCAGCAUAGUAUCACAGCUUCAGUCUUCUUUAGUCAAAUCCAAUUCUUUAGGAUUACUCUCAGGUUCAAGUGUACUUCUUGAAGCUGAUGCAGAACAAACUGACCUUCUCAACCGGUCGUGUUUUGGUAAGCCUGUUAUAUCAGCUCAGAAGAAUAGUCAGUGGUUUCAAUUCAGUUUGGAGGAAGCAUUUUACUUGUGCUAUUCAUUAAAAUGCAUCAAUGUUGUGGAUGAGAAUAAGAGUGAAUUGAGUGUUGAAGAGUUGUGGAAGUACAUGAUAUCCACGAGGGAAAACUUUCCUAGUUUAUGCAAAGCAUAUUCUCAUCUCCGAUCAAAGAAUUGGGUGGUUAGGUCAGGGUCUCAGUAUGGCGUGGACUUUGUAGCUUAUCGCCAUCAUCCUGCUCUGGUGCACGCAGAAUAUGCUGUGCUUGUUUUAUCCUCAGAAGGAGGCGAUGGAAAUGAUCGUUUGAGGGUCUGGUCUGACUAUCAUUGCACUCUUCGGCUCUGUGGCAGUGUAGCCAAGACAUUGCUGGUUCUUCAUGUGGAGAAACAUAAUCUCGAUGCAGAAUCACCAUCAUGCUUAGAUAAUUACAUCAUCGAAGAGAGAACCAUUACUAGAUGGAGUCCAGAACAGUGCCGCGAGGAUAAAGUGGUUAGUACUUAAUGUAGUCUGAUAAUUUCUGUGAACUAUCCGUUACCUAUUUGAAAUUCUCUGUCGUAAUAUGAUACACAUUGGUUUGAUUUUUCUGGGACUCUUUGAUUUGAAUAUUUGCAAGUCUUUUUGAUA